CUUUUAUCUCAAUUUACCCUCUAUAUAACAUAUAUCGAAACCUCUUUACCUUCAUUCCCACUUUAAUUUUCAAUAUUUUCUACAGAAUAAAAAAAAACAUAAUCAAGAAAAACAUUUUUCAAAAAAAUAUAAUGGCGGCAGAAUCCGACUACAUUUUGCUUGAGUCGAUAAGACGACACUUACUAGGAGAAUCGGAGUCGUGGCUCAGUGAGUCGACGGCGAGUUCGGUGGUUCAAUCUGGUACGACGGCCAAACCGGUGUACGGAAGAAACCCUAGCUUCAGCAAGUUGUACCCUUGCUUCACUGAGAGCUGGGGACACUUGCCGUUGAAAGAAAACGACACGGAGGACAUGUUAGUCUACGGUAUCCUCAACGACGCGUUUCACGGCGGAUGGGAACCGUCGUCUUCAUCCUCCGACGAAGACCAGAGCUCUAAUUUUCCGAAGGUUAAAACCGAGAACUUCACGGUGGUCGAUCAUGUUCCGGCGAAGAAGGCGAGUCCGGUUAAGGCUCCGGAGAAGGGGAAGCAUUACAGAGGAGUGAGGCAGAGGCCGUGGGGGAAGUUCGCGGCGGAGAUAAGGGAUCCGGCGAAGAACGGAGCUAGGGUUUGGUUGGGGACGUUUGAGACGGCGGAAGAUGCAGCGUUGGCUUACGACAGAGCUGCUUUCAGGAUGCGUGGUUCCCGCGCUCUUUUGAAUUUUCCUUUGAGGGUUAACUCAGGUGAACCUGACCCGGUUCGGGUUAAGUCAAAGAGAGGUUCUUCCUCUGAAAUCGGAGGUUCGAAGCGGAGAAGAACGGUGGCUUCUGUAAACGGCGGCGGUCAAGGAACAGAUAUGGGGUUGAUGGUCAAGUGUGAGGUGGUUGAAGUGAGACGUGACGAUCAUUUACUUGUCUUAUAGUUUUGAAAUUUUCUUUGUUGGAUCAUUUUUUCCCAGAGUGGGGGAAAAGGAAAGUGCUAAGAAAAUAAUAUUCAUUUAUUAAUUUAAACCACCUUCCAAUCA